UCUCGUUGAUAAAAUAAACAGCCGAGAAUUCUCGAACACAUCGGGCCCCGCCAAUAAUUGGCGGACAUAUCAUUUUUUAGUCCUUUCGACCGGCCGUCACGAUGAGCGUCGCGACGCCCGCGAAUCUGUUGCUCGCCGUUCUAUCGGUCAUCUGUCGCGUCGAGCGCGCCUCGACGGCCUGCGAAACGGUGCUGAGGAAGUGCUGCCCUUUGGGCACCAUGUUCACCACCUCGCUCACCUGCGUACCGGACAAUUUCACCUUCGACUUCGACUUCGACUGCGACUAUCGCCUGGUGAUCGGCAACGGCUGCCCCGUCGGCAAGGAGAUCUUCCAGAUCCCCGACGAGUGUCUGUUCGUCGAAGAGGGCCGGAUGAACAUGAUUUGCGGCUUUCCGCCGGAUUACGAGAACUUGACGGACGUUCCUUACGGGGAUUUUUGCGUGGAUAAAACCGAAAGCGGGGAAAUUGGAGUGUUGUAUUGCUUGGGGGGCGAGAGAACUUGUGUAGCUUGUUACGGUGAGUUUUAG